AUGUCUUUUGCUGAAGAACCCGACUACAUUUAUAUGACACAUUCGCUGAAGUCCAUAGCAAAGGAAAACCGUAUCGACAUGGAAAAGAAACUGGACUGGGUAGGCAGAGCGAACAGGGAAGGUCCAAUAUCAGAUGAUGAGACUUCGUCCGACAACAGAAACACUGGGUCCGAGGACAGUGACGACACGGACAAAAAUACAAAAGGAAAGAAAGCUGCCACGAAGAAAACAAAGGGCUCGGAGAGUCGAAAGAAAAGCACGAGCGGGGUAAAGAAAAGGGUAUUCAUCACUCAAUCAACUGCAUCACUCGUUUGCUCGUUUCAACAUUUUGCGCUGGUACUAACCGUCCUGACACCAUACACUCACUAA